GUCUAGAAAAGCCCGUAUACACACCCCUUUUACGAAUCAGCCAAUCAGAAAAGCGCUGGGAACCAACAUCACCAAAACAAAUAUGUACGCUUGACUUGCUUCCAAAAGGAGGCUUGAAACGCAUUUUUAAAAAAAACGCGCAGUGAGAGGAAAGCCACGUAAUCUACAAACUGCGUGACGUCAAAGAUUCACGGAUGGUAGCAUGUUAUUCACUGCGUGACUGACAGCCACAUAACGCAUCGGCUGUUGCCAGCAAAUGGAUCUGGAUGAGGCUUUUCGGUCUGUCGGAGAGUUCGGCCCCUGUCAGAAGCGGCUGACUGGAUUCCUGGUGCUCCUACAGGUUUAUGUGGCUUGUCAGUCAAUGCUGAUUGUCCUUGUUGGAGCAGUCCCAGAGUACCAUAUCGACAGUGAAACAGUUACGACCAAGGAAGAAUUUAAUAAGCAUAUACAAUUCGAUAAAAACUUCACCUCUAUCGUCACAGAGUGGUACUUGAUCAAGGAUGACGCGUACAAAGUUAAUUUGGCAUCUUCGUUAUUUUUUGCUGGUCUUCUUAUUGGAAACAUGUUGUUUGGAUCCUUGUCUGAUAAACUAGGAAGAAAGCCGGUAUAUUUAGCAGGUCUCUUUUUUGAUACUGUUUUUGGAUACAUGACAGCCCUAGCUCCUAGCUAUGAGGUGUUUGCAGUUUCCCGUUUAUUUGUUGGGAUAAUGAAUGGGGGCAUGUCUUUGGUGUCCUUUGUACUAACACAAGAGUAUGUUGGAAAAUCCUACUGGGCAUUGACAGGUUCGUUAACUAAUCUCACAUUUGCUGUUGGUAUAGCUGUGUAUGCUUUGCUGGGUUAUUACAUCCGAAAUUGGAGGACACUUGCAAUUACAGCUAAUUCUCCAGGGUUUUUCUUUUUUCUCCUGUCUUUUUUGCUCCCCGAGUCUCCAAGAUGGCUAUAUUCCCAAGGCAAUAUAACAAAAGCAGAGGAGGUACUCCAGUAUUUGGCAGAGGGUAAUGGGAAAGAAGGAACAUCCAUAAAACUGUGUAUUGCACCGGGAAGGACAAGUGUUUCUGGUCACAGUGUGUUUGACUUGGUUAAAUACCAAAUACUUCUAUGGAGAACAGUUAUCUUAAUGUAUAUCUGGUAUGUCUGCAGUCUGGUUUAUUAUGGCCUGACCUUAAAUGCAGGGGAGUUAAAAGGCAAUCUGUAUUUGAAUGUGGCACUUUAUGGCCUUGUGGAAGUUCCAGCUUUCCCCCUGUGCCUGUUCUUUAUUGAAAAGAAAUGGUGCGGACGGGGAAGGGCAACUUCUGGAUUUCUUGUAUUUGCUGGCUUUGCUUGCAUUUUCACAAUGUUUCUACCAGAUGGAUUUGUCAUAAACCAAACAGCCCUUGCCUUAUUCGGGAAAUUGUCUGUCAGCGCAGCUUUCAACGUAGUAUACAUUUACACUUCGGAACUCUAUCCAACCGUCGUGAGGAAUGCAGGACUGGGUGUCUGCGCAAUGGCCUGCCGAUUCGGUGGUAUUCUUGCUCCAUUUGUCCCUGCAAUGAAAUCUCUAAAUCCAUCAAUGCCAUUCAUGGCAUUUGGAAUCAGUGGCUUAUCAGCAGGAAUCCUGAGUCUGUUACUGCCAGAAACACUUAAUAAGCCAAUUGCUGAGAGCAUUGAAGACUUACAGUCUCCUGCAUACCAAUUGUUAAACAAGGGAAAACAGGAUGAAGGCCAUACCUGAAGCAGACUGUAUAAUGUUUUUGAGCCAUACAUCGUGUACGAGCACUGCUUUUGAAGACAACCACCAAGUUCAAAAGAGUGAACUCCAAUCAGAAUGUUAAAUGCUAAAAUGUGCCUCUUGCUUUUAAUUCAGCCCACAAAGAUACUGUUUGGCACCCGAAAGGCACUUGGGUUUUCUUAUGUCAGAUGAAUUCAGUGAGUUAUUGUGCCUUUACUGCAAGCGUAUAAAUUUUGCUACCUAACAUAGAAAAGGCAAUUUAAUGCCUCAAUCACUUUGGUACAAGCGUUGUAAAAGUCAUGUGUCCUCUGUUUUAUGGAAAUUGUAAAAUUGUAUAUUUAAUGAAGACAUAUGUCCGUAUCAUGCUGAGAAGACGCAUUAUGUAAAUACCACAGCUCGGUUUUGAGUGGAGGGAUAAUAUUCAUUGUCUGCGAAAUGGCAACACCAACAUACUCAAUGGUUUUUAUUAUUUUUUCAUGUACUUUGACCUUAUGUUUUGAUAGUAAUUUUCGAAUUCCUUUUUUUGUAAACCCAGGUUGUAAAUUUAAGAUUUUUGCCCAUCUAUUUCAGAAUGUGACCAUGAAACUCAUUUAAUAGAUGCAUCUAUAAAAGUAUAUAUAAAAUUCUUAUAUUGUUUUCUUUCAGGCAAAUUUACACGUUCAUAAAAGUGCUGUAGCAUAAUUUUCUGAACACAUUGGAAAAAGAAACUCAAAACAUUAUUUUUAUAUAAUAUUUUUUGUGUCUUUUAAAAGUUGCUUGAGUGGUAUUGCAUUCAAAUUGCCUGAUUAUGAUCUUGCUGUGACUUAUGUUCUGCGAAAAUAAAUCUUUAUCCUUUUAUAUUAAUACUUUCCUGUUAAUAGACAUUUCUAUUGAUGAUGUGCCUAGCAUAGGAUUUACUAAAUAAAUUCCCUUAUUACCAAA